UUUUUUUUUUUUUUUUCUAUUAUAAAAGGCGAAUUUUCACGAGAUAAGUAAAUAAUCUCACUUCGAACGAAGCUUCAAACAUUUGACACAAUUUUAUCGAUGCAAUGUUGGCAACGUGAUGUUGCUACUAAUCGAUGACAAGCAGAAAACGAGUGUUUUUUGACGCCAGCCACUGUUUCAGCGAGAAGCUACCCAUGGGACGAUGAAAGAAGUGCCAUUACCGAAUAAUGGCACCGUCGAAGAAGAAGGCAAACGGCCAACCACAGAAAAAUGGAAGAAUAAAGCCACGUUAUCGACAACAUCAUAAACGGCCAAACAUUUCACGCCGAUUGCGUAUUUAUAAACCUAGCGUACGAGAAAUAGUCUAUGCAUUGAUGAAUAAACAUCAACAUAACCAAGAAAGAAAGCGAAGCAGAGCCGUGCGAGACGACAGAUAUCGCGGGAAAAUGCGGAAAUACAGGAAUGCUCGAGAGUCCUCGUGCGACAGUCCUUCGUUUUGUAGCGAUAGCUCGUCCAUCGAAGGGUCCGGGUACACAAAAUCCGUGGCAACGUCCGUGGAGAACUUGUCGAGCGUGAUGGAGGCCGCAAAUAGCUCGGAGACCAGCAGCACCGAGGACAGCAGCGCAUCGAAUAUCUCGGUGAGGCCGAUUGCGCUCGCCAAGGCGAUCAAUAACACUAGAGCGUUACUCAAGAAGAAAUCUCUCGUCCAGGUCAUCAACAACUACAUCAAGGCUGGGAUCGAGGAAGGAAAACGACAAGCUAAAAAGUACCUUCGCAAGGCGCUUUCUUUCGGCGUGAAAUCCGGUUACUUGAUUCCGACCGAUAGCGAAGGACAAAUGAUACGAGUAGCGCCAACAUUGAUGGACACAAAGAGGAGUAACGCGGAGUCACGCAAGAGGCGAAGAAGGGCCCGAAGGGGCGAGGAUGACCCGUUAAUCGGGGUCAGCAAGGAUCGUCCGUCUACCCCUCCUUGGAAGAUAAAAAAUCGCGAGGAUACGCCGAAAUCGCAAGAAAAUCCUUUACAGAAAAGGGGGAAAUCAUCGAGCUUGAAGAAGAGUCCGAUUCGAAGAAAGAAAAUCGAAAAACGUUCUUCGCGACGAAGCAGAAGGAAGAUGACCAGGAGAAAAAUGAAUCUAUUAAUCGACAAUUUUUGUAACGAUAAAAGCGAGGAGAAUUUAAAAAAUCGAAGGAGAAAGCGAAGCUUGAGCAGACAUGACGGCGAGAACAGACGAAAUCAAAGGAGUCGACGGUCGAAGUCAGUUUGUACAAAGGAGAAAAACGAAAAUUCAAGGAAAAAUAGUAAAAGUUUCAGCGACAACGAAGAUAUCUCGAUCAUCAACAGUCACGAAGUCAACGAAAGAAUGUCGAUAGGACGGUUAAAAUCGAUCAGCAAAGAGAAUAUUUCACGAAAUUGCAACGUUCCAUCCGAAAAUCCUGUGGAAGAGAUCGAAGAAAAGAUAGAAACUUUGAACGAGGAAAGAAACGAAAACGACAUGAUAUAGUAUCUGAAUUAAAUUAUAUACCGAAUAGAGUUAUAUUACGAAGAAUGAAAGAAGGAAGAUUGUAAGGAAUUUUUGAAGAGAAAAUUUUUGUAAACUAAAUUUAUGAAAAGAAAUUUUGAUAACGUUUUAU